GAGAGAGAGAGAGACGGACAAUGACACCGGGUGCAAAUCUGGACGCGGCGUCACCCAAAGUCCACGGUUAUCAACGAGUGGCCCCGAUCACUUCCUUACGGAAGCGACGACUUCACCCGCUCGGGUGGGGCAAGCUGCGAGCUUCUUCGGCCGCGACAUAUAAAACCAGGAACGACUGUUGCGGCUGAAACACUUGGCGACCAUCGACAGGGCUGGUAGGUAGGCGAAUCAACAUCCGAUCGUGAUCCAGUCUCGCGAACAGACGAUCAAUGUGGAGCCGAUCGUUAACGAGUGGCCUUACGUGGGCGCUCUUCGUCUUGACGACGUUCGCGUCAGCUUGGCCGUUUCGUCGGCGGGACGUCUUCGAUAACGCCGUGGACAACCCCGAAGGACUGAUCGCUCAUCUGCAACACUUCGGCGAAUCGCUCUAUGGGCUGCCCGACAAUGAGACUGGCCUCAAGGUGGCGCGAUGGCACGAGAAUAUGGGCGUGAAUCCCGAGGAGUUGGGCAACUACGCUGAGGGUGACAUCCUCUUCCCGUCGGUCUUCGGGAGGAACGGUCUCAAGGCCGAGACUGCGCGGUGGCCCAACGGCGUUAUCCCCUUCAUGAUCAGUCCGUACUUUAACGCGCAGCAGCAAAAACUGAUAUUCGACGCGAUGGACGAUUACCACAAGUACACGUGCAUCAAGUUCAAACCGUACAGAGGCGAGGAGAGCGACUACAUCAGGAUCACGGCCGGCAACAGCGGCUGCUGGAGCAGCGUGGGCAGGAUCGGUGGUAGGCAGGACGUCAACCUUCAGGUGCCUGGCUGCGUCACGAAGAAGGGCACGGUGAUACACGAGCUGAUGCACGCCGUCGGCUUCUUGCACGAGCAGAGCAGAUACGAGCGCGACGACUACGUGCACAUCUUGUGGCAAAACAUCUUGAAUGGUCACGGCGGCAACUUCGAGAAGGCCUCCAAGGAGACCACCGACGCCUUCGGUGUCGGCUACGAUUACAGCAGCGUGAUGCACUACUCGUCGAAGGCAUUCUCCAAGAACGGCCAGCCCACGAUAGUACCCAGAGAGAAGUCGGCCGGCAUCCUAGGCAUCAUCACUGACAUCUUCCAGGAGAACACCAGCCAGGAGAUCGGUCAGCGGAAGGGCUUCAGCAAGAGGGACAUUCAGAAGAUCAGGAAGAUGUACAAGUGCAACAAGCGCAAACGCAGCCAGUACUGAACGAACGGAGUCUGGACGAUAAUUCGGCAAUCGAUCGAUCUUGAUUCACCUCGAAUGUCGCGUGUUAGACUUGCGUAUGAGAAGAGCGCGAUGGCGAAGCGAAAGCAGAAGAGAGAUCUAGUCUUAGGCGCGAAACGUGCGAGAGAGCGAGCGUGGUCAGUAUUACCGUAGUCGUUUAACGUUUAGCGUAAUGUCACGAGUAUGCCUAUCUUAAGCUUUCAAUAUCACACACGCGCAUCAUGAAAUAUAUACGCUUAAGUGCGUCGCACACGUACACACACACACACCGCUGAUGCGGUGG